AUGAUGCAUUUUCCGGCAAAACCGGAAGUUCAAAAAAUUCAUUUUGCACUCCUAAUUAACCAUGCUAAAUUUCAUGUGUCUAUCUUAAUAAAUAAAAAAUUUACAGGGGUGCGCCUAUUCUCAGAUACACCCGGCAUCGAAACAAAGUUUGCCGGCUCCAGCUGUAACGAUCUAGUGGCCGUCGACAGUUCCGGUUCGACGAUCAUCAGCGGCCACUUUGACAAGAGCAUCCGAUUCUGGGACACGAGGUCCGAAUCGAGCGCCAACAAUAUCGUGCUAAACGGCAAGGUUACGUCGCUGGAUCUCACAAGGGAGUCUAUUUGGUCGCGAGUACCAAAGCUUGACUGCCUCUCCAUGAUGAGUCGUUCCUUAUAUAUUCAGCGCCUACGUCUUCUGGAACAUUCCAGCGAGCUCCACACUCUCGAUUAUUCGAGCGCUGACUCACCGGCGAUGACGCAUCGGCGAUGA